ACUAUGGAUCAACCUCACAAAACUAAACACAUGUUUGUUCCUAAAAAAUAAUUUAUAAUUUUUCAAAUAAAAAAUUCCGCAACCAUUCAUAAUGGCAAACAAUAAUGAUACAAAUCUAUAUAAUAUUCUUGGUUGUAAUGAAGAUGCAACUAUUGAUGAUAUUCGAAAAAAUUAUAAAAAACUUGCUCUUCAAUGUCAUCCAGAUAAACGAAAUCAACAACAAUCGACAAAUGAUGAUAACGAUGAUGUUGGUCAUACAAUCAGACCAGAAUUUUCACAAUUAAAUCAAGCAGCUACAAUUCUAAGUGAUAAACAUUCGAAAUUUUGUUAUGAUUCAACGUUAUUGGCAAAAAAAUUACCUGAAACUAUUAUUAAUGAUGAAAUUAAUCGGCAGGAUUUUUAUAAAGAUGAUAAUGGUAAUCUUGUUUAUGAUUGUCGUUGUGGUGGCCAUUUUAGAAUCAUCGAUAGUUAUUGUCCAUCACAAUCAACAUCCUCAUCACAAUCGAUGAUUAUAAUCGAUUGUGAUUGUUGUUCAUUAAGUGUUCGAUUGAUUGAUUGAUUGAUUCAAUUAUUUGAUAAAAUUCCAUCCUGUUCCAAUUCCAUUUUGAUGUUGACAUUGUUACCCGAAAAAAAAUUCUGCUGAUAUUUCGAAAUAUUUUUUCUAUCU